AUGCGAAGUGUACAGUGCUUCAGUAAGACCUCCAGAAUAAUUACAAAAACAAUGACGUCAAAAACAAAAUAUACCUGGACCUUCAGUGCGCCGUCCGCAUCAAAAGCGGCGCCCGAGAGUGCGAGCAAAAAGGACCACUGGGUGAGAGGAGAAGGGCAUCCCGAGGAAGUCAAGGGCUUUCGGAAUCCAUGGGAGAGUUCUCGCGACUUCACCUUUCCAGAAUUAUUCAAAUCUAUGAUGCGACACAAGUUUCUCUCAGGAAACAGCCAGAAGCCCGACACCACUCUAUCGACCGUACCAGUAAGGACUUCAACAUUUCUCCCAGCUGCCACCUGCCCAAACUUGCUGCGUGCAACAUGGCUAGGUCACGCCUGCUAUUUCGUUGAAUUUCCUACUGGCCUACGCGUUCUCUUCGAUCCCGUGCUUGAAGAUCGUUGUUCGCCGUUUUCUUGGAUAGGACACAAACGAUUCACGCCCCCUCCGUGCGACAUAUCUGAUCUUCCAAUCAUUGAUUGUGUUGUGAUAAGCCACUCCCACUAUGACCAUCUGUCGUACCCGACAGUUCUUGAAAUCCAGAAACAUCACCCCUCUGUCAAAUUCUGCGUACCCAAGGGUCUUAAAAAGUGGUUUGUGGAUUGCGGCAUAGAGAACGCUAUUGAGCUGGAUUGGUGGGAGGAUGUCAGUCUCAAGUUGGCUUAUACGACCGAAGAUAAUGCCCCUUCUGUCUCAUCCCAAGACGACUUCAUAGCUUCAGCAACGAUAUCAUGUCUACCAUGCCAACAUACAUCCGCACGCACCCCCUUCGACAAAGCGACGACAUUAUGGGCCUCCUGGUCUGUUUCCUCUGGCGGCAAGUCGGUCUACUUCGCAGGAGAUACGGGUUACCGAUCUGUUCCCUAUGUGCCCAAGGAGGUUGAUGACUGGGGAGCAGACUAUGCUGAUCUACCGGUCUGUGCGGCAUUUAAAGAGAUCGGAGAGUUCCGUGGCCCGUUCGAUCUCGGGCUCAUUCCGAUUGGAGCGUAUAGACCACGACAUGUUUUGAGCACCGUUCAUUCAAAUCCAUAUGAUGCUGUGGAGAUUUUCAAGGAUACGAGAUGUAAAAAAGCUAUUGGGAUUCAUUGGGGCACUUGGGCUGUUGCGGAGGAGGAUGUAAUGGAACCGCCGAGUCUUUUGAAGGAUGCGCUAGUUAAGAGCGGUCUACCUGAAUCGGAUGUGUUUGAUGUGUGUGGCAUUGUAAUAUUUCUAUCAUUGCACAGAUUGCUUGUACCUCCUGACAAAGAUUUAAGCAAUGAACUGAUCGUCCAACUCACUGUUGGUGUAUAA